AUGAGACUGGGCCCGGGAAAGUUGGAAAACCUGCAGGGCAAGGAUAAACCAAGCUCGAAGGUCUCCAGAGGUAUCCAACCAAAGUACGGAGCAGGUGGUAAAGAGUUUAGAGCCGAGGCGUUUCGUGGCUGGGCGAAUCUUGCGAAGAACGAUGACCGGGUUUAUCAGGAAUCGACGCCAUCGCCGUCGGAAUAUUACCUGGUGGCACUCCUUGCUCGGGCUGCUGAAACGUUACCCUCCUGCUGGGAUGGCCCCCAUAUUCGAUCAGCUGUAACGCCCGAUAAGUGGAAAGAUGGAAAAACGAAGGGGGCGUUGUGUGGAAAAGGGAUGCGUGAUUUGAUAUUGGGCGACGCCCGGGCAAAGUGUUGGUUGCCCCCCUCAUGCACCCCUCAUCCCCUACUAUUGCGGCGGGAGGCAAAGGUCAUCUGGAGAAAUUCAGAUCUUAAAGAACAGAGAUAA